AUGGCUGGGACCAACUGCCACGCCAUUGUCUUUGCCAAGGUGCCUUCAGAAAUUUACCGACCCCGGAAGGCCAUUCAAGCGCCGUACAAGGAGGCCGUCCAGCCAAUCCUCUUCUGGCCGAAGGGAGGUGGCGCACUCGCCGAAGACAUGCAGCCACGCAUGGGCUACAGCAUCAUGGGCACCUUCACAAGGUGGCGGCCGCAGCCCAUGGAGAUGGAAGGACCAGGCGUGUACGGGGCCACCAUCAUCCUCAGCGAGAACAGGUGGGAGCGCUUCCAAAUUGCCGUGGAUGGUGACACCGCGCGUGUGCUCCACCCGGUCCUGCCUCAGGGCGACAAGUGCUGUCCUGUUGCAGGGCCCGAGGCUGUGCUUCAGAUCCUCAGCUGGCACAUCGAGGGCCGCCCCAAAGGUGCAGUGCAGGCCGAGGACCUGCCGGACACGAGCCAGCAGAAGCAGCUCACCAUCGGUGACAGCAACGCUUGGACUGUCAUAGUACCUGAUGAGCUGCCUUCCUUCGACGACCAGACGGCCGUCGCAGGGGACAGGUUUCGGGUCCGUCUACACGUUCAGGGGCGCUGGAGGAUGGUAGACUGGGAGAAGCUGCCGAAGGAUGAGGAAACGGACACGCCUGCCGACCGAGCCUUCCGGGCAAGCUUGGAUGGACUCGUUGGCACUUACCAGGUUGUUGGCAGCUGGACAAUGAACGAUUGCCAGUUCUCACUGACUGUAGCACAGCCGCCCCGUGGUUCGGACUACGCGGAUGCGGCGCCUUCGCCUGCCGAGGCCGAGCUCGCGGCUGCGCAGCCGCACAGGCGAUGGGGUGGCGACGGCAGCGGACGCCCAGGCCGAGACGGUCUGAGGGAAGCGCUCGGCCUCGGCCUGGUCGGCGGAGCAGCGCUGCUCUGCCAGAGACAUGAUGGAGUGCGUGCGGGUCAGGCACCAGCGAAAUUCUCGGCUUGCGAGGAAAGCUCAAGUGAAAGGCUCCCUUCUCUGGCGCGGACACUGCCUUGCGGCCUGCCCGUUCUGGACCAGAUCGCUUGGUGGGACGCGGGGGGCGAGAUCCCCUACACGGGGAAGCUUCGGGCUUUGCUCGAGGCUGGCGGCGCGAGUUUUUACGACGAUGACCAUCGCAACUUCCUGAAAUCGCCGAUGGUUUCCUUGGUGGCCAUAGGUGGUGUUCCAGUGAGGCCCACAUCAACUGAUACGUUAGAGAUGCUGUAUGGAGACGUGGUCGUGCCCGUGCCUCUCGAAAGCAUUCGCAAGGCAUUGCGAAACCAGAUGGGCAUGACGGCCAUGUUCUCCUAUCUCAACCGCAGAGCUGUGCCGGCGGAGGAGAUGUGGGAGGUUGUUUCCAGUCUUGGCCAUUUCUCCGUUGGUCAUGCUGCCCACCUAUCCUUUGUGCUUGUCGGUCAUAGCUGCGCAGUGGAGAAUGAAAUCAACAGCCAGCGAGAUGUUGUACAUUUGGGACGUCUGACAGUGGCCAGAACCAGGGCACAGAAGGAUCCUCCACUGGUCGUCCAGCUGCCAGAACUACUGCCAGCGUACAAGGAGCUCCGCCAGAAGGUUGAGGAAUGCGUCCUCGCUGAAGUGGACAAGCGGCCUAAGAGUAAGUCAAUCUCCAUCCAAGAUUGGCAGGAAGCUCUGUAUUUGGGAUGGCCAUCUGCGAAGGCGCAUGUCGCCGUUCUGACGGGCAGCCUUCGCAACCUUCAGAAGUUGGUGGGCAGCAUCGAUGAUGAGGGGAAGGAGGCCGAGUAUCGCGCCCUUCUGUGGCAGAUUGCUGUUGCGUGCAACAUCCUGCUGCCAGACAUGUUUCCGGAUCCCAGCAAGUGUCCCAAUGGCAUGCGAGCUGUGGCACUGGCAGGUAGGCACUUGCACCGAGUUGAGGUGACAAUCCCGGUAACCGGAGAUCAGCAAUUCCACCUCCUGCGGAAUGAAGAUCGGAACCAGGUGAUUGGGCCUGAAACGCUCUUGUCUCGAGUUCCUGGUCGAGCUGUGCUGCGUGCAUGGGAUCAGCGCAGCUCGCUCAACUCCUGGGCGUUCCGUGCCUCUGCGGGCGACGUAUUCAGGAUUGAGUACGAGCGGCAGGACGAAGCAGGAGAAGACAUGAUGAAGGUCAACUGGGAGCGUGUCAGCACUGACGCCCCAGUGCCGGAGGAGUUGGUGCUUCUACAUCUGCGACGGAAAUACAUGGUACGACUCUGCUUCGGAAGCUGGAGCAACCAUUCUUACAAAAUGGCCUGGCAAGGAAGUUACUUCCACCUCUUCUUAGAGCUUAACGAGCUUGCGAAGGUUAGCUUCGUAAUCUACGAGGACGGCCAAACUACCAGAUGCCUUUUCCCAUCGGUGAAGGACGCCAACCCGCAUGAGGGACACGAGCUGCAAGGCCCAGGCCCUGCGACCGAGGGUCUCUUCUGGACGAUCGGAGCGCACGACAAGGACCAGGCAAUGAACGGAAGUCGCUACGAGCUUCGCCUGCACCUGGAGGGCAACGUGCCGAUGUCCGUUGACUGGGUCCGAGUGAAGUCGACAAAGGGCCUGGAGGAUGCAGCUGCCAAGGGCAACUUCGUCGCAUGGCUACCAGCCGCCAACUGA